AAAGUGCCUAAACAUACAGUUUAACAUAGGUUCAUUGUUAAGUUGUCUGUGUAGAGAAAACACUUUCGUUAGAUGCAUUUAUGAGUGAUUUAUAAGUCAGUGUUAAGUAGAUUAACAAACAAAAUGAAAUUCCUCUGAAAACGGUCCAGUGCAAAGACUGGACUGGAAAUGAGUAAAAAAGGAGCAAAUUUCCUUAAAAAAAAGAAAAAGAAAAAGAAAAAAGAAUCUCCUGAAGACCGGCCGAACGACUGCCUAAGAGCACUUAAAAAUCACAAUAAAGUCUGGCUCCUUGGAAUCAAAAUAUAAAGAAAUGCUCAAGACAUACACAAAUGGGUGAUAAUAGACUUCUUCAUCUUGGUACUUGCUUUUUAUUGUAUUUGUCCUUAUUAACAUAAUUAUUGCUCCUUUUUGUGUGAAGCUUUUUUUUUUCUCAAUUCAAUAUGCACUUGUUGUGCUAUUUCAGUGUGUGCAGACUGCACUGCUGUAUCAUUUUCCACAUUUUUUUUUAAUUUUCUGUUAUUCCCCUAUUUUGUUUUGUCUACCUCGCAUGAAUAAAGAAAAUAUCUCAACACGCAAAUAUACACACUAAUUACGCAACAGUGAACUACUUCGGACAGAUUUGCCACGAAGUGAAAUGUUCUCUGAAAGUUUUUUUUCUUUUUUCUUUUGUUGCAUUCUGUAUAGUUUCACCGGGGACGUAUUUCGAUGUAACACACAACAUUGGCGCUUCCUGUUCAAACCUCAAACACUCGUAGAUUUCUUGAAACUUCGACGUUUAGUUUACGUUUUGUAAUUUCACACAUGUCCAGUUUUCUCAGGAGGCCUGUUUUGGAAAGAUAACGUGCUGACACGUGAUCGAAGCGCUCUUCAGCAGCAACGAAAGAGACCGAGCAUGACAGCCGCUCAUUGACUUCACGGUGAAAUUACAGAAAAGAAUAUCAGCUAUAAGAAGAGAUCAACAUGUCCUCUGAGGAGGAGAUGUCUCAGACUUCUUCUGCCUCUUCCUCCUCCUCAAACUUGUCUACCUCCCACUUCAUUGGAAAGAAGGAGGACAUUGUCAAAGCUGGCCGUGUGACAAAGCUGGUGAACGGAUGCAGAGAUGUGCUGGUCGUGCAUCACCAGGGGCAGCUUUAUGCAAUGGACGUGCACUGCUACCAUUCAGGUGGUGCUUUACAGUAUGGAGACAUUGAGGAGUUCAAUGGACAGCUGUGCAUCGUGUGUCCUUGGCACAAGUACAAGAUCACCCUCGCAGAGGGGGAAUCGCUUUACCAAGCUGUGGACGACCCUACAGCCAAACCGCUGAGGACUUACUGGCGCUCCAAGGGUGUCAAACAGCGGGUUCAUAAGGUCACUGAGGUCAACGGGGAUGUGUACGUGACGCUCAAUGACUCCGGCGAAGCCAUCGAGUCAGACGUCUACCAGACUGAGAAAUACAGGCGCGCUUCAGUCAAAGCCAAGCCGAAAGCCAAACCCAAGACAUAACCUUUAAUGCUUCAGGGACAAUUUAAGGAGCUUUGCUCGUCUUCCAUCUGACUCUCUGAUCUUGUAAUAAUAUAGAAAACAUGGUGUUCUGCAGACGUGCAUAAAAUCAGUAAAUGUCUGGCAUGGUGACUCCUCAGGAACAUCUCUAUUUUGAAGCUGAUAUAAACAGCUGACCAAUACACAGUUUGUUUUUAGUUAUAUUUUCUAAAUUACUGUUAUUUUUAAACAAAAAUAAUCAUUGUGUUUCAUUAUAACUUUAUAUGUGAAUUUUUAUAAUUGUUGUUAUUAUUAUCAUUGUGUUUUUAUUGUAUUUAUUUUUUUCUUGUUAUUAAACUACCUUAAUGGGGAUCAAUUUUUCCAGAAAAAAUGGGACAGUGUGCAAAAAAAGCAGAAUGUAAUGAUUUUGAAAAUCAUUGAAACAUUAACUAUUUAACUCAAAGUAUGAUGAAAAAUAAAACAUGCAUCGUCUAAUCUUAUCUGUUAUGCAAUAAAUAACACAAUUUUAAAAUGA